AGUUCUCAGGCAGGUAGCUGAGAGCAGGAAGCCAAGGGAAGCUCGGAGGAGGGACAGACCGGGCGGGAGGCGGUGCUGGCUAAGCCAGGACCGCCCUGCUCUGUGUGACUUGCUAGCAAGCUGGUCACAGUGCGCCGCCAAGGAGGCUGCGGCAGCAACCGGAGCUCCUUAGCCGGCUGCCUUGCGGCGGGUCCCCAUGCGGCGGCUGAUGGGACGCCUCGGAGCCCCUGCAGGCACAGCGGCGGCGGGCAGCGCCCAUGACUUGGACUAGCAGCAUGAGCAGCGGCUACAGCAGCUGGGAAGAAUCGGAGUCCGAGGAGUUUUUCUUCACCGCCCGCACGUCUUUUUUCAGGAGUCCCCUCUGCAAAGCCAAGCAAAGUCUGCAAGAUGUUCAGAAAGAGAAAGAAACGCAUAGUUACCUCACCAAAGAAGCAAUCAAGGAAAAAAUCCAAAUUUACAAUUCAGAUGUUACCGACAAGCUAAAGAUGACCUUGAACUCCAAUGAGGAGUACACUGGCUUUAUCAAAGUUCAGAUGGAAUUGUGCAGGCCUAUCAUGGUACGAGCUUCUGUGAAUCAAGGGAACAACAUCAUGAAUGAUGAGACAGCUUUUUACUUACCUAAAGGAUAUAUGAAUACGCUUCACAUCAGCAGCACUAAUACUGUCCGUGAAGUUAUUGAGGCUUUGCUCAAAAAGUUUUUGGUGGCUGAUAAUCCUGCUAAAUUUGCGCUUUACAAACGUUGUCACAGGGAAGAUCAAGUUUAUAUGUGCAAGCUUUCAGAAAUGGAACAUCCUCUCUAUUUGCGAUUGAUGGCAGGCCCAAGAACAGAUAUGCUUAGUUUUGUUUUGCGUGAGCAUGAAACUGGAGACGUUUUGUGGGAAGCCUUUAGCCUACCUGAACUACACAACUUCUUGCGUAUCCUGGACAAAGAAGAAGAUGAGCAAUUACAAAAUUUAAACAGGCGCUAUGCAGCAUACAGAGACAAACUUGAAGGAGCCCUUAGUGGGGUUUGGCAGCUGGGUUAAAAUGGGGCCAAAGAACACUCAGGAAAAAUUGCAUUACCAAAUACAUAUGUGAAAUGCCAAAACUAGUAAACACAUGGCAAGGGUGGUUGCCUCUUUAAACCAAGAGAGAACUUUUCCAAAGAGGUCCCAGGAAUCACAUUCUUAUCUUGCAUAUAUAGAGAGAGAAGUGGCAGUAUGUAUUGCUUGCAGAUCUCUCUCUUGUGGUGUUUGUGUCUUUCCAAGGUUUCUUUGUACUCACUGUGAUUGUGUGAUAUGUCUUUGAAAAGAGACAGCAUGAAACAGACAUUAAUUGCUUUAAUAAUAAUUUGGGGCUUUUGGAAAAAAGUGGGUAAUUUGAGUUCUCUUUCUAUAAAUCAAAGUAUAAUUUUGAUUAAGGAAUGUUCCAGAUCUCUAGCUGUAAAGAAAUCAUUUUUAUCAUAAGGAAACAGAAAUGAUUUCCAAUAUUGUGCAGGUGUUAAAGCAAUCUUUACUGGAGAAGGUAGAGAGGAAGUUGGAAAGAAGGUCAGAGGUAGAGAAAAAGAAAUGGAAGAGAGAAACAGGUCAUCCUGGAAGUCUGUUUUUGUGUUGGAAAGAAGAUGGGGAGUUCAGAGUUGCUGAAAUUAAUAUAUUCAAGGUUAGUUUUGAUAUGAGAUUUAUUAUAGUAGAAACUGAACUACAUAUGCAGAAAACGGAAUUGCUACUUUUAAAAAAGUGAUGUGGGGAUGCAUUGGUUCAAGUCUACUGUUAGCAUGGUGAUCUGCUAAGUAUUUAGCUGAAGUUUUCAUGAGCAAAAAUAAACAGUAAAGAAAUAAUCCAGAAUUUGUUUGAUUCACCAAUUGUCUGAAGGUGCAGUAGAAUUGUUCUGGGCACAUAUAAAAUAGUAAUGUCUCUUGUUUUUGAAAAUCCGUGGGUUGAGUCCCAAGCUCUAAGAGCAUGAGGAUUAUGGAUAUUUGCCUUAUUCUCUUCCUCCCAGCAGUCCUUCUCUAAUCCUGGAAAAACUGAUCUGCAUGAAUGUAGAGCUCCAGUCAGGAGUUGGACAAUUUUGUCCCCUUCCCUUCUUCACCACAGCCCCCCCCCCUCCCCGAAUCAGCCUUCCUGGGGUGAGAAAAGACUGUUGGAGAUAGUGCCUUCUGCUGAUGGAUUGCUGGAUUUAGACCUAUUUAUAUUUUGUAUUCUUAAGUAGGCUGGGAUAUUUGUGGUUUCUGAGUAAACUAUAAAUAGUUCAGAAGCUUAGGGUUCUGUGUACUGUUCAACUGAAGUGCAAGGUAAAUAGAGGAGGAAGAGAAUCUUACCUAUGAAGAACUAUAUAUUUUUGUCCAAAAAUAUUAUCUAAGUAUAUAUGCUAAGCAAAAUCAAAGAUACAGUGUGCAAUACAGAUCUUCUAUAUAACUGUAUGAAAAUUUGUUCAAAAUCUAAGUAUUCUUUUUUUAGCCACCUGGGAAAAAACAAUUAUUUGAAAAACUGCAUAGUGUUUUGAGGUGUUUCCCCCCCCAAUAAUGAGCAGCAGUUUCCCUCUUAAUUAUCUGGCCAAUAUUUUUGAAAUUUGCCUGCCACUUUAGUGCCACCUAGUGGGUAAUAUAUGCAACACUAAGAUACGUUCUCUUGGGAAAUGUGCCUUCAUUUUUAAACCUAGCUGCUUUUGUCCCUCCUUUCACCAAAAGAAACACACCAAGACAAUCUUGAUAUUUUGAAGCAUUAACAGUACAAUUAGUGAUCACAUUACCAUUUUUUAUCUUCUUUUCCACAUAACAUGACAGUAUUUUGUAUUGGAGUUUAUUGGGAACAUAGUGGCACAGGGAUGCUUAUAGAUAAAUCAGAAUAAGUUCCCUACAAGUUCUAUAGCACACUUACAGGCCAAUUUAGAUUACUGUUCCUCUGUUGUGGCAGCAAACAGCCCUGCAGAAUUGAAAGCAAUUACAUUUUACUGUGCCCAUUUCUUCAUAAAGGGGGCAUCAGAGUGCCUCCACCCAGGAUAUUCUACCACACACAGUAGUGCAAUUCCUGUGGCAUGCAUUUUAAAUAUUGCUUCUGGUAAAAUGUUAUUUUAGGUAUGGGCUUUUUGACAUAUAGCAUGUGAGAACAGAUCAGAACUGGCUCUAUGAUUCAUUUAAUUGUAUACAUGACAGUCAUUGUUUGCAGUUAAAUAUCUAACAUUUGUUGUUCAGAAUUACUGUUUGAGUCCAGAAAGAGCAAUUUUAAAGUAUGUGAAUCUUAGUUUUUACUUGAAAUUUUGUUUCUUUACUCCAAGUAUCUUAUUGGUGUCUUAUGCACUACAGGUUUAAGUAGGAGUGGGAGGAAAGGAUUUGUUCAUUCUUAAGAGAUUUUUUUUAAAAAAAUGCAUAAACACUGGCUACUUCAGCUUUUAUUUAAUUUAAAAUAGGGCAGUGAUACCGAAAGACUUCAAAAAUUAUUUAAGUAUUGAUCUGUCAAAUAUGUGUUGCAAAGUCUAUAUAUUUUCUGGGGUACCUGAAUGAAACAUAAAUGAAGACAGUGUAGGGAACACUGAAAAAGAGGUUUUGUUCUUUUUAAAAGAAACUAUUAUUUAUUAUUUUGAAAAGCUGUUCUUUUUAUAGGGGAGAUUUGAAUCCCUUCAAAGAUUUUAUUAAAAUGUUGUGAUUCUAUCAUUAAAGCUGAAGUUGAUAUAGUU